CUUAAAAACCGUUAAACGCCGCUCCCAUCAUAUCAUCUCCAAAAAUAGUUUGAUUACCUCGGGUAGACCUCGACAUAAUUUGUGCUUCGACCGAUCUCUCUCUUUGAGUUGUCGCUUUUCGAGGUAUUUAGUUGCAGGCGUGGUGUAUACGUUGAAAUAGUGAUUUUUGUUAAAAGUGAGUAAAUAUGGCAUCGAAAUCAAAAAAAGGGUCAACACCGUUAGCUUCACAGCGGCCGGCGAGCCCCUUAAGUCCUACCAGACAUUCUAGAUUACAGGAGAAGCAUGAACUUCAGAAUCUUAACGACCGUUUGGCGGGAUAUAUAGAUCGAGUAAGGUAUUUAGAAGGUGAAAACAACAGAUUAACGAGGGAAAUACAAAGUACCCAGGAAACAGUAACAAGGGAAGUUUCAAACAUUAAAUCUAUGUAUGACCAUGAAUUAUCAGAUGCUAGAAAACUAUUAGACGAGACCCACCGUGAAAAAGCACGUUUAGAGAUAGAUGUUAAACGUCUUUUAGAAGAGAAUGACGAACUCAAGUCUGAGUUAGCAAAGAAGAACAAGGAUUUGGCUCUAGCUGAGAAUUCUGCCAGGAUAUACGAGACCAGAUGUAACGAGUUACAGCUCAAAGCAAAUCAAGCGGCUGCUGAUGCUAAGAAAGCUAUUGCAGAUGCUAAGGAACUUGAGAAAGAACGUGAUAAGCUACGCAAACUUCUUGAUAAUCAUCGUAAACAGUUAGAAGAAGAAUCAUUAGCGAGAGUGGAAGUCGAAAAUGCCAACCAAAGUCUUCGAGAAGAGCUGUCCUUUAAGGAUCAGAUCCAUCAACAACAGUUGACAGAAACUCGUACUCGUCGUCAAGUAGAAAUCAGCGAAAUCGACGGUCGCCUGGCAGAAAAAUAUGAGGCUAAGCUUCAAGAGGCUCUACAAGAACUCAGAGAUCAAUAUGAAAGUCAAAUGGCCAACAACCGUGGCGAAAUCGAGUUGCUUUACGAACAGAAGAUUAAGAACUUGCAAUCAGCUAAUGACAGACAUGCUGCCUCUGCCUCCGGUGCUCUUGACGAAUUGAGACAAGUUAGAACCAGAAUCGAUACUUUGAAUUCUCGAAUUAGCGAUUUAGAGAACCAGAACGCUGGCUUAGCAGCUCGUGCUAGAGAUUUGGAGAAGUUGUUAGAGAAUGAGCGCAUGCGCCAUGUGGAAGACCUCGCAAUGUUAGAAAGAGAAUUGCAUAGACUCCGAGAAGAAAUGGCUAAUCAACUUCAAGAAUACCAGGAUCUUAUGGACAUUAAGGUUUCUCUUGAUUUAGAGAUAGCUGCUUAUCGGAAACUGCUCGAAUCUGAAGAAGCUCGUCUUAAUAUUACCCCAACAGGUAGUGAAGUUCAUGAAGUAACUCACAGUAGGAGCCAACGCAGCUCGUCGCAACGUCGCACUCCAGUCAGAUUGGGAGCCAAAAGAAAGCGAACACUACUCGAAGAAAGCCAAGAGUCAAGCAUGAAUGACUAUACGGUGAACAGCUCCUCAAAAGGUGACAUUGAAGUCGCUGAUGUCGAUCCAGAAGGACACUAUGUUAAGUUGCACAAUAAAAGUAAUCAAGAAGUCGCACUUGGAGGAUGGCAAGUCAUUAGACGUGUUGGUGAGGAGGAAACUACAUUCAAAUUUCACAGGUCACUAAAGCUUGAAGGUAAUGGAUUUGUAACAAUAUGGAGCUCUGACCUCAACAAAGAUCAUGAACCUCCAACUAAUUUAGUUAUGAAGAGUCAGAAAUGGGUUGUAGGUGAUAACAUGGUCACCACAUUAUUGAAUAAUAACGGAGAUGAAGUAGCUGUCUCCGAAAGAGUUAAAAGGCAAUUAACAAGCUCCCAUCUAAGACACAGAGAACUAGCAGCUGGCUACCUCUCAGAAGAACUCCACCAUCAACAGGGUGAUCCACAAGUAGAUGAAAGAUGUAGGCUUAUGUAAAGUUAACACAUCUCAUUUAAUUUUUUUAUUUACAGUUAAGGUUGGAAUGUUACAGAAGUAGGUUGUGCUCCUUACUUACGCUUUUUAAACUAUUUUUUAAGUGAUGUUCUUAAUAUUAUAAGAUUCUAGGACAGAAGGAACACAACUUAUACUGUUAUUGACAAAAAACUUACUGAAAAUUGCAAUUAGACAACAGUAGUAAGUUUAAUACUAAGAAUACAGGAUGAGGUAAUAAUUAUUAUUCUUUAUAUAAACUGUCUUUUUAGGAGUUUUAUAUAUAUUUUUUAAAUAUCUUGCAUAUAAGUCUUGAAUUACAGUUGUCAUUUUUAUAAAUUUAAACCUGAAAAAUACAUUAUUUCGCAUUAAUACCUCAUCCUGUUCGAUAGUUUCUUAAGAUAGAUAACAAACUGCCAGUUCGAUAAGUUUUCUUUUAACUAACACAAUUGUUUAUUAGUAUAAUAUAAUUUUGAAAAAUUACUGUACUGUUGUCCCCAAAACAUUAAAGUGUUCUGCAUUUAUUUAAAGAAUAAUAAACUUUUUAUAUUAA